AUGAAAACAUCCUCAAUCGACAAGUGCAAUGAGAAAAAAAAAGAAUUAAAUGAAAGUUGUCAACAAUCAGGUAUUGAUUUAUCACGAUGUUUAGCUUUAAAUAUAACAAAUAUUCAAGAUAAUCCUCAUCAAUGGUGGUCAAAAGAAAUUUUAUUCGAUAUUACUGAUAAAUAUAUAAAAGAAUUUCAAAUGGAUUUAUUAAUAACAUUUGAUCGUGGUGGUAUAUUAGGUCAUAUAAAUCAUUGA